ACUGCCUACCUGAGCUGCCGGGUGGGGCUUGGACGCUGCCCGGGUGGCGUGAGCAAGGGAGCUGGGGCGCUGGGGCGCACGGGCCCAGGGGACCAGGGUCUGGCUCUCUCCCGAGGAAUGCUGAGCAGGCUCUGGACGCCUCUCCGUGCACACCCGAGACCUGGGGAGUGGAGCUCUCCGGACACCCCAGCUGGCCGCCCCUCGGGCCCCGCGUCCGAAGCCCAGCUAAACCGGGCCCGGGCACUGAAGUACCCUAUUGUUCUCAUCCCCUCUCCCGGGACUCCGCACCCUCCUUCAUCUAGGCUGAUGUUCCCAGAUUUGUGUCUUGGCCCCUGGCGGCGCCGAGAUUACUUUGUGAUUGGAAGACUGAAAGGAACAGGCAAGACUUAAACCCGUCCACUCCAACCAGCAUUUUCCGAGGCCUCACGAACGUGUUACGAGUCAGUUUUUAGUGAAAAAACAUUGAGCUAGGAGCCAAGACCCAUCUCUUCACUAUUUUGGUAUUGUGCAAGUCAUCUUAUCUCUCUGGAUCUCAGUUGUCUCAUCUGUAAAAAGGAGAUAAAAAUUAUUUACCUGCCUGAACAUGAGGUGGAGGACCAUCCUGCUACAGUAUUGCCUUCUCUUGAUUACAUGUUUACUUACUGCUCUUGAAGCUGUGCCUAUAGACAUAGACAAGACAAAAGUACAAAAUAUUCACCCUGUGGAAAGUGCAAAGAUAGAACCACCAGAUACUGGACUUUAUUAUGAUGAAUAUCUCAAGCAAGUGAUUGAUGUGCUGGAAACAGAUAAACACUUCAGAGAAAAGCUCCAGAAAGCGGACAUAGAGGAAAUAAAGAGUGGGAGGCUAAGCAAAGAACUGGAUUUAGUAAGUCACCAUGUGAGGACAAAACUUGAUGAACUGAAAAGGCAAGAAGUAGGAAGGUUAAGAAUGUUAAUUAAAGCUAAGUUGGAUUCCCUUCAAGAUAUAGGCAUGGACCACCAAGCUCUUCUAAAACAAUUUGAUCACCUAAAUCACCUGAAUCCUGACAAGUUUGAAUCCACAGAUUUAGAUAUGCUAAUCAAAGCGGCAACAAGUGAUCUGGAACACUAUGACAAGACUCGACAUGAAGAAUUUAAAAAAUAUGAAAUGAUGAAGGAACAUGAAAGGAGAGAAUAUUUAAAAACAUUGAAUGAAGAAAAGAGAAAAGAAGAAGAGUCUAAAUUUGAAGAAAUGAAGAAAAAGCAUGAAAAUCAUCCUAAAGUUAAUCACCCAGGAAGCAAAGAUCAACUAAAAGAGGUAUGGGAAGAGACUGAUGGAUUGGAUCCUAAUGACUUUGACCCCAAGACAUUUUUCAAAUUACAUGAUGUUAAUAGUGAUGGAUUCCUGGAUGAACAAGAAUUAGAAGCCCUAUUUACUAAAGAGUUGGAGAAAGUAUAUGACCCUAAAAAUGAAGAGGACGAUAUGGUAGAAAUGGAAGAAGAAAGGCUUAGAAUGAGGGAACAUGUAAUGAAUGAGGUUGAUACUAACAAAGACAGAUUGGUGACUCUGGAGGAGUUUUUGAAAGCUACAGAAAAAAAAGAAUUCUUGGAGCCAGAUAGCUGGGAGACAUUAGAUCAGCAACAGUUCUUCACAGAGGAAGAACUAAAAGAAUAUGAAAAUAUUAUUGCUUUACAAGAAAGUGAACUUAAGAAGAAGGCAGAUGAGCUUCAGAAACAAAAAGAAGAGCUACAACGUCAGCAUGAUCAACUGGAGGCUCAGAAGCUGGAAUAUCAUCAGGUCAUACAGCAGAUGGAACAAAAAAAAUUACAACAAGGAAUUCCUCCAUCAGGGCCAGCUGGAGAAUUGAAGUUUGAGCCACACAUUUAAAGUCUGAAGUCCACCAGAACUCGGAAGAAAGCUGUUAACUCAACAUCUAUUUCAUCUUUUUAGCUCCUUUCCUUUUUCUCUGCUCAAUAAAUAUUUUAAAAGCAUAUUUGAAAUAAAGGGAGAUACUUU